GGUGCUUCUUCUUCUGCCCCGAUAGUUUGAACCCGUGCGGCUCGGCGGCCGGUGCCCGCAGGUGAGGCGGGGGCGGCCGGGGGUGCUGCGCCCCGGGGGCCGCGGCUUCCACAGUACCUUCUCUGUAACCCCGCUGUUCCCGUCCGGCGGCUUAGCCGCAACCCCCACACCCCCGCCUCCCUCAGACUAACUUUGUACAGAAUGUCAUCAAAUGAGGAGAAAAGCACAAGUCCAAUUUUGCCAAAAGACUCUGUUCGGGGCAGUUCUGUUUCUUCACAUCUUCAGGAUGAAUAUGAAGAGCUGCUUCAUUAUGCUGUAGUGACUCCGAAGUUUGAACAGCGUGUCUCAAAGAGGUCAGAACCUGCUUCAGAACUGAGAGCAGGUAUCAGAUUUGCAGCUGCAACAGAUGAUGCCAUUCACCAUAAGACUCCAGUCUUAAUAUCACUGAAGGAGCCUUCUGAGGCCAAUAUGGAACGACUUUGCCCUGGUCUUUCAGAAGAGACUUCUUCACAAGGGUCCACACGUGGUCCAAGAGAAAUCAAUGAAACUGUAACAACUGAAUUAAUUUUACCCGAUGAAAAAGUAACUCAAAUAGAAAGCAUACUUGAUCUCUGGAGUGGAAGUCUUAAGACAAAUGUUCUGACUGAAUUGAGAAAAUGGAGGCUUAGUUUGAUUGACCAUUACAAGCUUCAAAUGAGAGAAGAAAAAGAGAAACAAACUGCUCACGUGAGACAACUGACCAGUGAGAUGGAAAACCUGAAGGAGCUGCUACAUACUUAUGAAAUCUCUAUUGGCAGAAAAGAUGAGGUGAUUACUAACUUGACUGAAGCAUUAGAGAGACAAAAGGAGAGAACAGAGCUGAUGAGAAAGUUUAUGCUGUGGCGAAUUCAGCACGUUAAUUACAAACAAGAGGAAUAUGCAAAUAGAAUAGCAGACAAACAAUUCCGGACAGCUUUGUUGAAGAAAGUAUGGGCAGCGUGGCGCUCUCUUUGUGAAGAAAAAUGGAAAGAAAAAGUAGCAAAAGCCUGUCAGUUAAGGGCAGAAGAUGUUUGUGUCCAACUCACCAAUGAUUAUGAAGCCAAAAUUGCAGAGCUAACUGCUGCUUUGGAACAGACAAAAGCUGAGAUUCUGCAAAUGCACAGUGAAAGAGAACAGUAUGAAGACACCAUGAAGAAAGCCUUUAUGCGUGGUGUGUGUGCUUUGAAUCUCGAAGCGAUGACAAUGUUUCAGAGCAAGGACAGUAGGACAGACUCUGAUGUAGGAGGCAGGAGAAAUUAUAAUGGUACCAUUGUUGCAGGAAGGCUACCUUCUUCACAAAGUCCGCCCUCACCCCCACCUCCACCAGCAACUACUCUUCAGCUGGAAGACAUGUUUUCUACCCACCUGGGUCAUGCAAGCACUUCUCAGACCAGGCUGGACUCAGAUUCUCCAGUAAUUGUCACCAGCACAGCUGCAGGAUCUGGUGUGGCAUCAGCUCAGAAACUGCCUGUGGCGAAAGUAAUAACAUCUGGUCAACAGAAAGCAGGAAGAACAAUCACUGCUCGAAUCACAGGCCGAGCUGAUAUGGGACAAAAAGCCAGAAUAUGUGGUAGUUUAGCAGUGAUGGGAGUUGUUCCACCCAUGAGUUCCGUCAUUGUUGAAAAACAUCAUCCAGUCACUCAGCAAACCAUAUCCCAAGCCACUGCUGCUAAAUAUCCUCGAACCAUGCUCCAUUCUUCUGGUUCUACCACUGUGAGACCUGCAGGACAAGUUGGGCGAAUGCUUCAGGGCCAAUCUCAUACCAGUGUUCAGUCAAUAAAAGUUGUUGACUGAGUGAAUAUCUUUCUCACCCGUGGGGGUUUUUCAUCAAGGUACAACUUAAACCUUUUUCCAGUCUUUUCGUACUUGAUGUAGGAAGGCCUAAAAUAUGUAUCAUGUUUUUAACAUUUUCUAAAAAAAAAAUAUUUUUAAAGUAAAGGUGCUUUUAUAGUAAAUAACUGAAGGGGGAUAAGAGAGCUUGAAAUGUUGUUCUACCUCCAGACUGUGUGAGAACUUAUUUUAUUAAGAUAAACACUUUUUAUUUAAGGAAUCUUUUGCACGCUUUUAAAUAAAGGAUAGAAUGUGGUUUUUGUCUGAAUCUCUUUGUUUAGUUCUAAUGUUACUAGUGUCUGUUUUAAACUGAAAAUUUAAUUUAUCUUUGUUACACAUGUUUUUAGUUGCUUCUGCAACUAAAUGUACUUGACACACAUUUUAAUGAUAUCCUACAACAGCAUACUGAAAAGAAGAAUAAUGAGGUUGCAGCCUUCACACCUGGGGUGCAACUUGGGCCACGUGAGGUACUGAGGCUGUCAAGUUGUUAAACGUUCUCAUUUUCCAAGCUAAUGUUGCAGAACUUGAUGUCUACCUGUCAGUAUCUAAGAAUUUGUGAUCUGAGGUCCCUAAUUCCAAAACCAGAGGAUUUACUAGUCUGUUCUUCAGAUUCCUGUGGUGCUCUGCAGCUGUGGUAAAACAGGUUUUGCACAAGAGAUGGGUUAGGAGUAAGACUUCAGACUAAGAUACAGAUCAUCAUCUUUUGAUUACAAACAGUAAGAUUUAGUACGAAAUAAUGCUAGCUAUACAUACUCAAUGGUUUCAUUAUGUGAUCAAACUACUGCUGUUUUCUUAUAGAGAAGACUACAAAGACAGACAUUUUACAUAAUUUUUCAGAUGCAAAAUAUACUCAAUGAGAAACCAUGUAAAAAUGUUCAGCAAAAUACUACCAAAUACUAAUUUAAGAUAUGACCAAAAAAAUAGGUAAAUAAAUGCUAAGUGUGUUAAA